CGUCACUCCGCCGCGGCUCUCGCGCCCAGCCCGCCCAUUUCUCUCCUCAGCCUGUGGAGGUGCCGUUAGAAAAUGGCCGCCGCGCCAAGCGGAGAAGAGAGACUGGAAGAAAAAACUGAAGAUCAGGAUCUUCAAGGUUUGAAAGACAAACCACCAAAGCUCAGGAAAGUAAAAAAAGAUAAAGACGAGGAGGAUAAACAUGACCAGCCCUAUCCAUCAGCACAUCAUUCAGAAAAGCCUGUAGAGACAGAGGAAUUUGAUAUGUCUGAAAGUGCAGAGAAAGACCCUGCUGCACCUGAAGCUUCUGCUUCCCCUAAACAGAGAAGGUCUGUUAUCCGAGAUAGAGGACCCAUGUAUGAUGAUCCUACUCUUCCCGAAGGCUGGACAAGAAAACUCAAGCAAAGAAAAUCUGGCCGAUCUGCAGGAAAAUAUGAUGUAUAUUUGAUAAACCCGAAUGGGAAAGCUUUUCGGUCUAAAGUUGAACUUAUAGCAUACUUCCAAAAGGUAGGAGAUACCUCCCUUGAUCCUAAUGAUUUUGACUUCACUGUAACUGGCAGAGGGAGCCCAUCACGACGGGAACAGAAACAGCCGAAAAAACCCAAAGCUUCAAAUCCUGUUGGCACAGGAAGGGGACGUGGAAGACCAAAGGGAAGUGUAAAAACCAAGCUAGCAAUCAAGUCAGAGGGAGUACAAGUAAAGAGAGUGAUAGAAAAAAGUCCAGGAAAGCUCCUAGUUAAAAUGCCUUUUUCUGGUGAUAAAGAAGGAUCAGAUGCCACCACUUCUGAGCAGGUGCUGGUUAUCAAGCGUCCAGGCCGAAAACGAAAAUUGGAUACGGACCCACAUGCAGCCCCCAAGAAACGGGGUCGUAAACCAAGCAGUGCCACUGUGGCUGCAGCAGCAGCAGCUGAAGCAGCAAAGAAAAAAGCAAUCAAAGAGUCUUCCUUCAAGCCUAUCCUAGAGACAGUGUUACCAAUAAAGAAACGCAAGACCCGGGAGUCUCUUAAUGUAGACAUUAAGGAUACGAUAAAUCCAGACUAUUCUUCCGCUGCAGUAGAGAAAGCAAACAAAGGACAGAAACAAGGGAAAAGUCCUGAAACUGUAAGUAUAGAGAGCAGCCCAAAAGCUAGAAGCAGCAUCCCAAAAAAGGAGCAGCAGCACCAUCAUCACCAUCACCACCACCACCAUCAUCAUUCGGAAUUUAAGUCACCCACAACUAAUCCAGAGCCAGAGACUUCAAAGGACAGCAAAAGCACCCUGGAGCCACAGGAUUUGAGUGUCAAAAUUGUCAAAGAUGAGAAGAUUCCAGAAAGUGAUGGCUGCGUCCAGGAACCAACCAAGACUCAGCCUGGAGAUAAAUGUAAAAACAGAGGAGAAAGUGAUAGGAAAGACAUUGUUACUUCCUCUGUACCGAGGCCGACCAGGGAAGAAACUGUGGACACCAGAACACCGGUGACAGAGAGAGUUAGCUGACUUUAACGGAUUAACAAAAAAAACAGUUAAGAAUAAUAAAGGCAGCUGUUGUCUCUUCUCCUUGUGGAUAGGGCUCUGACAAAGCUUCCCUAUAUAUGAAGUUAAAAAAAAAAAAGUAUAUUUUUUCCUCCUGUUGCUUGGAGUUUCGUAGCUUCGGGGCUGGGAAUAAAUGUUGAAUGUGGAUCUUUUUAAUACCGACGAGCACAGUCAGGGGUGAAGACUUCUAACAGAGCCAGAAGCAGCUUUGCACUUUUUUUAUACUAAAUAGGCUCCUUUCCACAUGACUUACUCUGCAUCAUACUAAUGACCAAGAUGGACUGUUUUCACAACUUCUUAGUUAUGGCAAUAUUUGCUUCCCUUCUAGUGCCAUUACAGAUAAAGUUUAGCUCAGCUGCAAAUUAGCUUGAGUCCCAUAGUUAAACAAAAAAAAAAAUCAAAGGGUUUGAUUUCUUGUCAAUCAUUGUAUUGCCAAAAAUUGUGUGUUUUAUGAACCAAACUAGGAUAGAAGAAAUCUUUUAUUUAAAAUUGGUCAUCUAGAUUACUAAUCACAGAGCCUGACCUUGGACAGUUUUGCUCUUCUCCACUUAUCUAUUAGUUUACCAUAACAGGCAGUGUGUUAUCUAUAAAAAAAUCAAAUCAUGUACAUAUUAUUGUUAUUUGUAUUAGGUGCACACAAUUAUUCUCAAUUGAGGGAUAAAUAGGCUAUCAAUCUGACUUAAAGGGACACUGAAACCAAUUUUUUUUCUUUUGUGAUUCAGAUAGAGCAUGCCAUUUUAAACAACUUUCUAAUUUACUCCUAUUAUCAAUUUUUCUUUGUUCAAUUGCUAUCUUUAUUUGAAAAAGAAGGCAUCUAAGCUUUUUUUUUUUUGGUUCAGAGUCUGGACAGCACAUUUUUAUUGGUGGAUUAAUUUUUCCACCAAUCUGCAAGAACAACCCAGGUUGUUCACCAAAAAUGGGCCAGCAUCUAAACUUACUUUCUUGCUUUUCAAAUAAAGAUACCAAGAGAAUGAAGAAACUUUGAUAAUAGGAGUAAAUUAGAAAGUUCCUUAAAAUUUCAUGCUCUAUCUGAAUCACGAAAGAAAAAUUGUGGUUCAGUGUCCCUUUAAGUAUUUAAUCAAAACAUAUUUUACUGAAGGUAAUGGAUUUAUGUUUUUUCCCCAUGCUGCUCAGAGGUAGUCAAAGAGAGCUCUUAUGGAACAGCUUGUGCUGUCUGUAUUGUUGGAAUUGAAUGCAAUAACUUGGAAAGAUUAUUAAACAAAGAAUAUAGAUGUAAGUAAGACAUACAGAUUACAUGUACUUCCUCUAGUGCCAGUACAAAAACAAUAUAUAUAUAUAAACGUCAAACAUACAUGUAUGAGGGAAAUAGAUAUGACAUGUUCUUCCAGGUCAUUUACACUCUGUAGCUUUCUGAAACUAAUAAUCACCAUUGCACUAUUUUUAUUUAUUUUUAUUAUGAUUAUUAUUUUUUUACUUCUCCAUAUAAGUCAGAAAAGUGGUGCAGGUAAUAAUGUAGAAAGCGUCUGGCUUUUUAUCUUUUUAAAAAUCUUAUUUUGCAAGAUUGAAGUAAGUCAGAUACAUAUUUAAGUGAUUGUCUGCAUUGGUUUGAAUGCAGUCGAUCUAUUGAAGCUGCGAAACUCUAGGUGUACCCAGUUUUGUGCAUUAUUAUUUUUUUUUUGCAGUUUGAUAAGGACUUCCGGUUCAGAGAGUUUUCUGUUUGCUUUAGUAUAGGAUCUAAUAUUACAGCUCCAAAUAUACAACAACCAACAGUAGCACUUGCUUAUGUGACACCUGGCAGUUCUGCAGCAAUUCUUGUUAGGCCCUGUGUCCAUAUUAACUGAAUGUAAGUUUUGUGUUAGCCUUUUAAAGGUGUUAUAUGGCAGACUUUCUCAUUAUUUUUUAUCAGAUAACUAUUAAUGAAGACGCUGUGGGUUUGCAUAUUUUUACAUUUAAAACAUGCAGAACUCCUACAAAUUGUUGCACUUGUAUUUAUAUGUAUAGUUAUAUGUAUUUGCACAUAUACAUUACUUUACAGAUCAUAUAUGUAUAGGAUAUAAGAUAAAGUCGUGUAAUGUCCACUAUGUUUUCUUCAUGCUCAUUCCAAAGCAUUUUUUAUAUAAUAAUAAAAUUAAAAAUACUCAUAUCCACAUGCAUUUUAUAAAUUAUAGGGAUUGAAAACUGAAAAAAAAAUGUUAAUUUUAUGUUGGAUAUUUUUUCUUUCUCUUUGCACUUUGAAAAUAAUGUUAACGGUACAGAAUUCUCUGGAAGUCCUUAUUAACCUGCUGUUUUUAAAGAAACAAAAAAAAAAUUUCAGAAAAUCUUUGUUUACAGAGAUCAAUUCUGCACAUCUCAUAUGCUGAAAAAAAUGACAUCUGCCCUUUAUACGCUGGAAUACUUAUGUCCAUAUGCAUUCAUUUGCAGUUUCCAGAAAAAGACACAAUAGGGCCAAUUUAUCACCGACCGAAUAGGGCCGUAUAUACCUUGGAAACAGGAAUUAAGAAGCAGCUGCUCCUUAACUCGUACACCUCCUCUGAGGCGGCAGACAUCAAUCCGCCCAAUCUCAUACGAUCGGGUUGAUUGACACCCCCUGCUGGGAAUCUGUAGGGGGCGGCAUUGCACAAGCAGUUCACCAGAACUGCUUGUGCAAUGAUAAAUCCUGACAGCGUAUGCUGUCGGCAUUUAUCAAUGUCUGGCGGACAUGAUUCGCUACAGUGGAUCAUGUCUGCCAGACACUUGAUAAAUCGGCCCCAAUUUAUGUGGCAGAUAAUGAUUCCCACAGACCCUUACACACAUUUUUUUUUCUAUUAAGUUUGCACUUUAGGUUACUUUUAACCAAUGUUAGGAAUUUAUUUUAAUAAAAACAUUGUUGACUACUUAUUUGGAUAACAUAAUAUUUGUUUUAAAUUUCCCAUCUAGUAAACAUUGCUUAAUAUACAGAAUUAAAAGCAAAAUCAAAGUUGCAUUGUGUAGAAAAUCAACAAAAUGAAUUGAGCAUUUUCUAGCAGCUUACAACCAGCAUGAUUAGUGACUUAAAGGGACAUUAAACUCUAAAUUAAAUUGUCCAUAAAUUGUUUAAAGGAAGAUGGAAGUCAGAAUUACACAUACAUAAUUCAGAUUCAGAGAGAGGCUCAGGACGUGCAUGUAUUUUGAGCACUAUAAGUAAGCAGUGUUAGCAACAAUGUUUGUGAAAACGUUAUACAUACAGUGCCCAGCAUAAAUGCACACUCCUGAACCUACUGAAGUAUGGUCUCAUAGAAUGGAACUACUUUUAUUUUACAAAUGAUAUCAAGAAACGAGGAAAAUGUGAUCAGGGAAGUACAAGUACUCUGUCACUUUAAUCUUGCAUAGAUAAAACAGAAAUGCAGUUUGCAGUCAUUAUGUAUGUUGCAGUUUUUCUGACACAUAUAUAUACACACACACAUAUAAAUGAAUUAAUUUGUGUGUGUUUAAGUGUUAAUGUAAUGCCCCUUUAAAGAUUUUUCUUUGUCUGGUCCUAGAAUCUGCUGCAUUGAGAGAUUUGGACAUAUUCUUGACAUUUACAGGUUACUACACUGAAUCAAGUGUGGAAGAUGUGUACAUAAUAUGACGUUAGUGCCCAAUAAACAUAUGCUGCCAUACUUUUGGGAAAUACAAUUGCUCUGUAAAUGAGAUUUUCCAUGCCAUGUGUGUUCUUCUAAAACAUGAGAUGUGCACUUAUACAAUGCAGUCAUCGGGUGCCUUUUGUUGUGGCACUUAUAUAGCAUGAUUCAAAUCCGUGGUAGUAACCAAGUAAUAGAGAAGCAAAGGAAAAUUGUAUCCGAAUAAGAAUAGGACUAUUUUACAUCUGUCAAGUAGGGAAACAAGGUUAAUGUUGAUAGGAGAAAAAUGACUGAUUUUUUUUUUGUCGUUUUGAUUUUGUUGUUUGAUGUGCAAUUUAGUCUUUGCAUUUUCUUCCUUUAGUUAUUCAUUUUCUGCAGUCUUCAAUGUGUUCAUUAUCAUAUCCCAUUCUUAAUACCUUUACGUCAUUGAUGCGAAUGAUUUGUUCACACAACAAAAUACUGCAGAAAUAAAUUAAUCAUAUAAGUCUGAUAUACGUUCUCUAUAUGGCAGGAUUUUUCUAUGAAGAAUAGCAAAAUAAUGCAGAGUAUGUUCAUUUCACUAUUGCAUUCUAGCUAAAAACAGAAGCCAUUUGAAAGGGCAUUAUAUCUGUGAAAGACUAGACCAGCAAAUUGUGAUCACAAAAUUGUACAUUAAAAGGAAAUCUAUUACCUUUUAACUAGCUUCCUGGAAGGUAACUAUUUAUAACAGUCCGAGUGAAUUACAAUAUUUCCUGACAUUUAAUCUUUCAACCAGUCGUCUAGCCUUCUUGCUAACUGUUGCACUAAAAAUGAAUGAGUCCCUUUAUUUUAAAAUAGUAGUUCUCAAAUUAUCUGUGAUGUUUAUUUUUAAAUUUGCAGCACAAGGUCAGCAUAUUGAUAAAGUCACACUCCAUAAUGUAUUGCCUUUUAUUGUGUCAGACCAAUAAGAAUUAACUGAAUUAAGUUUUCAAUCUCCUAGAAAUGAAAUUAUGUAGGCCAGGGCUCAACAAAUCCAGGAGCUAGGCUCCUAGAAUUUUACCCCUGGCUCCUAACUUUUUUGAUUAUUCUCCCUAGGUAUAUAUACAAAUAACACUGUCUGGCUCAUAAAAGUAUAUCUGGCUCCUAAAUAUUCUUACUGGCUCCUACAUAUUAAACAGAUUUGUCGACCCCUGAUCUAGGCAAUUUAUUUUUUAUAUAUUGUAAAAUAGGAAAUUAAAUUACCCCUUUGAUAAUUAAAAGGUUCAUUGAUACACCUUCAUUUCAUUAUAUAUGACUGUUUUUCUUCUGUAAAUCUUGUUUUAUUAAAACCUUAAACGAUAGCACUUAUUCAUUUUUAUAAUUAUCACAAAAACCUUAAUCAAUAGUCACUUUUUCAUUUUUAUAAUUAUCAUAAACCAGCUUAAAAUAAAUCUCCCUAUUUUUUAAUUAUGCAUUUCUGAUCAGUUAAGUUUAUUAAUGUGCCUGCCCUUUACUGUAACUCUAUUUUCAUUGUAACGUUUUUGCAACAAGUAGGUCAUUAUUUAUCAGCAAAACUUUAUUUGUAAUAUUGUGCUUUCUAGAUUAUUAUUUUUUUCCAUAGCAGCUGACACUCAAGAUUUCACCUUGUUUAUUGUUUUGCUUGUGUGUGUGUUUUGUUUCACCUCCUACUUGGUUUUAUCUACCAUUUAAAGUGCAAUAUACUGUGGGGCCUCCUUAUUGGAACAAUCGGUAUGAAAAUGUACUUUGAUUAAUUGCACUUUUAAAUGUAAUGGAUUUGGAUAGAUAACUAUAAUUUAGUCAUGUUUAUAAAACAGUAAAUGAAGUAAAUUGAUAAGUCUUUUCUACCAGUUUUAUGCCUUAUCACAAUGAUAGUUCCAUAAGAAAAGCAUUUAAAUAACAAUGCAAAAUGUUAAUUUUGCAAUAUGUCUUUAGUGACCGAAUAUAUUUGUUUAUUGAUGUUUGAUAUUUUUGUCUAGUUCUUAAUACAAGAUAUACCAUUUUAUUCUUAUGUAUGUGAAAAAUAAUGAAUGACUUAAAGAAAAGUGUGUAAUUUAUCUGGAAUAGGAUUAGGCAUCUGUGUCUGCUUUUGUUUGGUUAUAACACACAGGAACCCUUAUUAAUGAUGAUGUGUGUAUGUUUUUUUUUUUACAUUCUGGCUUUGAUACAAGGACUGUAGCAUAGCCGUAGAUAACAGUGUGGCAUCAUCAUCCAAACCACCAAAUAGGUACCUGACAAUAUUGCUUACUCAUUACCAUUUAUGCAGUAAAAUCAGUCAGUCGUGUGUAUCUUCUGCUCAUCAUAUAAUAUAGGUCAUAUAUUUUUGGAAAAGAGGUUAUCAAAUGUAUUUGGCUGAGAUAAAAACAAUAAGUAAUCAGCAACGUAUAGCUGUUGUGGUCUCUGAUGAAGCGCAUGCGCAAAACGCGUCAGGCAAUAGGGAGCACCUUACGGAUCAUUACAGGCUCUGCUCCAAUAAACUUUUGGAUUUACUACCUUUGGGACUCAUUGCUUCAUUUUUCCUCACCAUAUUGUGAAUGAUAGCCCGACAAGGAAAGUAUAGCCAAAGUCCAUUGUAAUUGAAGUUUGCUAGUGUUGUGUUGCAAACAGAUUUAUAAAUUAAGAUGUUUUCCUUGUGUACUGUAACUUUAAAUUUAGCACAAUAUUUGCUGUCCUUGUGUUGUUUUACAGAUACAUGUAAGUCAUAUUUUAAAUAAACAAACAAUCAAACGGUA